AUGGUCAAUGUCGCCUUUUUAGGUCCUCUUGGGACUUACACACAUCAGGCAGUGCUUCAGCAGUUUCCAGAGGAUGCUAAUACCAAGUAUACUGCUCUCAAAACGAUUCCUCAAUGCUUUGAAGAGUUGACUCACGACACUAGUUUGGACUACGCUGUAGUACCGUUGGAAAACUCUACAAAUGGACAGGUAGUUUUCACAUACGAUCUGUUGCGAGAUCUCAUGAACGAUGCCGCAAACUAUAGGGAAAACCAGGCUUUGCCAGAUCUACAAGUGGUGGCCGAACAGUACGUCUCUAUUGAUCUGUGCUUGAUUUCUUCUGGUAAUGUCAGCAUCGAAUCUUUUAACGAAUCCACCACCUUGAAAAUCUACUCACAUCCUCAGGUUUGGGGCCAAGCAACUGGCUAUCUUGAGAAACUUCGCCAAAAAGUGAAUUCACUCCAGAUGAUCGAUACCACUUCUACAUCAGGCGCCGUGCGAUAUUGUUGCGAAAAAAGGGACCACGAGUCCGCCAAUGAGGUAACGUUAGCGAUAGCCAGCACCACAGCCGCUAAAAUGCAUGGUGCUACCAUUCUAGAGCAGCCAAUCAAUGACCGCAAGGGGAACACCACCCGAUUUUUGGUAUUACAAAGACGCAGCUCAAAUCAAGGCCCUCUAACAGCACGUCCCUGUGCGACGUCCAUAAGUGCUCAAAAAGUAUCCCUGCUAGCGUUUAUUGUUGCACAAGACACGCCCGGCAGUCUUGUCGACGUUUUGAAUGUCUUGAAGGAAAAUCAGAUCAAUAUGUGCUCGAUCAGUUCCAGACCGUAUCACUAUCCUGUUGACAAUGAGACUGGGGCACGAAGGGAGAGCGAAGAGGCAAAGAGGCGUAAAUGGCAAUAUAUUUUCUUUAUUGAGCUCAAUCACGAAAGUGCUGUGAAUUGGGAGCCCAUUUUCACAGGACUCAGCUCGAAGUCGUUGAAAUUCUGUCUUUGGGGAACAUUCAAUCGUAAUGGUCGAUACUAUGAGAUAUCCUAG